CACGACAUUAAGGAUAUCACACUCGCUGCAAAGCAAUGGCCAACAGUGCCUGCGCUCCGUCCAACAGCAGCAAUGCCGCCACGUCUCAUCUUUCCGCCGCACAAAAAAGAUGUUGCUCGUCCAGCCCGACCCUUCAUUCACCACCACCACCGGCGACCAAGAUCACAUCAUCUACAACCCUCCCUCCUCUGCGCCGAAUGUCUACCACACACCCUUGAAGUUCCUGCCCAAGGACGACCCGCGACGCCGCCUGCACACACUUCUCAGACCCACCGCCUCCGAUUCCGCAAACACACCAUUGCCUCCCGCAGUGCGACCAGUCUAUGAGAAGAAGUACCAUCUCAAGCAAGCAGACAUCGAGGAGAUCAAACGACUCAGGGCAGAAGACCCGCGCAAGUGGACCAGAGUACGAUUGGCCGAAAAGUUCGAGUGCAGUCAGUUCUUCGUCAGCCUGUGCUGCUCAGCACCGCAAAUCAAGGAUGAGAGACAAGCCGAGUUGGAGAAGAUCAAGGAGAAGUGGGGACGCACGAAGAGAGAGGCACGCGAGGACAGACAGACCAGGAAGCAGAGUUGGGGAAAGGCUGUCUAG